AUGCCCGAGAGACAGAAACCCGCGAGAAAGCCACAACCGCGCAUUCGAGCAGGCAAAGCAUGUAAGCGAUGUAAUCAAAAGCGCAUCAAAUGCGAUGCAAUGUAUCAUACCCCGUGCACGAACUGCGUGCAAAACGAUAACGCCGAGUGCAUCCUCCGGGAAUCAAGGCGAGGGACAUAUAUCCGCAAAACAUGUCGCCAGAAUGCAGCCAAACGUCCCACUAGAGCAGUGAACACGGCAGGAUAUGCUCAUGACUCGCAAGAGGGCCCAGAUGCUCCCACUGAAGCAGAAACCGAUGCUACGAUAUCGGUACACGUCCCCGACGCAAUUACAACAACCAUUGUUCCACCGACUCAGAUUCCCGUCGGUUCUGAUGACUAUCAAACAGCCAACCUUAGACCCCGGGUUGGUCCGUCGGCCCCGGGUACCGUCCCUAGCAACGACAAUGCCGAUCCAGAAAGCGCGAAAGUAGCAGAUGGUCCGCCCGCUGCAUCGUCUGAGGCCGACCGGGAUGUCACGCAUAGUUCCACCUCGGAAGAACCAAGACCAGUCACUGACUCACCCUUCCAAUCAUCAUCAGUCACCUCUGACAGUAAUGCUUCAUCGUAUCGAGAUAUCUCUUGGUCCUCCAUGUUCGAUCACUUCAUCAACAGCCGACAGGACCGCCGGGAGUUUGUUGACAAAUGCUCCAUCACCUAUUUGGGAGAAUCGUUCCCUCUGGCGAUUGUUCUGGAAGAUCUGAACGAGAAUGGCCGUCCAAAGCUUCAUUACCCUGGGCCACCAUUUCCUGGGAUGAAACAGCGACCCGAUACUCUUGAUCAGCUGCAGCCUUCGCACAUGAUGCCUGAAGACUUGGACUUCCUGCGAAUGAAAGGCGUCUUCGAGUUGCCCGAGAAAGCUCACCUUGACGCUUUCUUCGCAACCUUCCUUGAACGCAUUUACCCAUUAUAUCCCCUCGUGAACCGUCAAGAGCUCAUACAACAACAUGCAAAUGGCAACGUGCCUUUGAUUCUUCUCCACUCGAUCUGCUUCAUUGCCGCGACAUUCUGCGACCUGCCGAUCUUACACCACGCCGGCUUCACGUCCCGUCGAGACGCUCGCUUUCAUUACUACAAGAAGGUAAAAGUGCUGUUUGACUCUGGGUACGAGAUCAACAAGAUUGUCAUUCUCCAGAGUGCUAUCUUGAUGUCUUUCUGGGGCGGUGGGCCCAACAGCUAUUGGAACUUUUACUCUUGGAUCAGCACUGCUGUGACCAUCGCUGAGGCCGUCGGCAUUCAUCGAUCGACUGCAAUGACGAACAUGGCACCUCAAGACAGAAGCCUUCUCCGCAGAUUGUGGUGGAUCCUGGUGGUACGUGAUAGUGCUUGCAGCGCCUUGGUCGGGCGGCCAUUCCGCAUCGACAUCGACCAGUCUGACACGGAGAUGUUGACUAUCGCCGACUUCGCCCACGAUGCUAUGGUUCCAAACUUUCUUGAAGCCUCAAGCCACCACAAAUACGCUCAGUACCAGAUUGAGAUUGCAAAGCUGUCAUUGAUCCUGCGAGAUAUUGUAAUGAGUCGAUUUUAUCCCGGAAGGCCUCCAGUGCCUGCAGACGAGCUCCACGCAAGGUUAAACCGAUGGAGAGACGGAUUACCCAUCACAUUGACCUGGCAAGAUGAGGCAGUGGAUCACUCUAAUCCAUUUUCGAUGACUUUGUCAGUCCAAUAUUAUCACCAUCUCAUCCUAAUAUACCUUGGCCGCCUGCCUCACAACAACCUCAACGAUCACGAGAAUAACGACUACACCACCACCAGCUUUGCCGCGCAGCAUAUCUCGACAGUGGCAUGCACAGCAGUCACGAAAUCCUCGAUUCUGGUUAUGCCUCACGAACUGUUCCAUGGCAUUUUUCUCGCGCAGGCCGUGUUCUACACAAACAUGAAAAGCUCGAAUCAACUACUGGCAAGAUUGGGCCGAUCUGCCUUGACUAAUUGCCAAAUGGCUCUUCAUGCAUCUUGCGAGUGUUGGGACCCCAGCCCUUGGAUAAUGCAGCUGUUCGAUAAUCUUUCGACCAGGCGAUUGGAAGAGCAGUCCUCCGGUGGAGAGCAGAACAGCUACCCAUUAGGGCCUAUUGAUAUAUCGGGUUUCACCGGCGGCAUGGGCUCAACACCCGAUGCAGGGGUGUUCAACGGUCUCCUGGGUGGAGACCCCUGGCAGAGUAACCCUAUGCUUUCUUCACUAUUUGAUCUACCACCGGAGAUGUUACUCCCCGACCAGGAGGUAAUAUCUCAUUAA